GUGAGCGAGCGGCCACGCGCGUCUGAAUCAGCCGCCGAAGGUCAAGCGGCGGCAUAAAAGGCGGCGGGCGGCGCCGGUGCCUCGCAGAAACGACGACGUGACGCAGUGCAGACAUGCUGAGGUUUCUGCUGUUGACAAGUCUGGCGGCCGUGGUGCUGGCUGAGCCGCAGCCCAGGUUCCUCAUGGACGUCGCGCCGAGGGUCGUGGGUGGAGAGGUGGCGGCGCCCAACUCCUGGCCCUGGCAGAUCUCCCUCCAGUACCUGUCUGGAGGCAGCUACCACCACACGUGUGGAGGGUCCCUGGUCGGGAGGCGCUGGGUCAUGACCGCUGCUCACUGUGUGGACAGCGUCAGGACGUGGCGUGUGAUUCUCGGCGAACAUGACCUCAACGCCAACAGCGGCAGGGAGCAGAUCAUGACGGUCAGCAACGUUUACAUCCACCCCAAGUGGGACUCCGGCCGAGUGUCCAACGGGUUCGACAUCGCCCUGCUGCGCCUCGCCUCCGACGCCGCGCUCAACGCUUACGUGCAGCUGGCGUCUCUGCCUCCCGCUAACCUGAUUUUGCCCAACAACAACCCGUGCUACAUCACCGGAUGGGGACGCACCUCCACCGGCGGCCCUCUGUCCCCGCAGCUCAAACAGGCCUCCCUUCCCGUGGUGGACCACGCCACCUGCUCCAGGUCCGACUGGUGGGGCAGCACAGUCAAGACCACCAUGGUGUGCGGAGGCGGCGGCGCCGAGGCCGGAUGCAACGGAGACUCCGGGGGACCUCUGAACUGCCAGUACAACGGGAAGUACUACGCGUACGGCAUCGCCAGCUUCGUGUCCGGCAUGGGGUGCGACACCUACAAGAAGCCCACCGUCUUCACCCGCGUGUCUGCCUACAUCGACUGGAUGAACUCGAUCAUGGCCUAAGACGCAGAGGAGCUUCUCAAUUUGAUUGUUUCGUCUCCUGUUCUUUUCCAUUCAUUGGUCAAACUCCACAAAAAUAAACUUGAUUAAGUUUUGCA